AUGAAGCACCUUGGUUUACUGCUCAUGAUACCGGGCAUCUUCGGCCAGGUUACAAUUCCUGUUAGCGAUGUUGAACCACAACUAUUAGAGCCAGCUAGUGAGAUCUCGGCUCUUGACUUCUUUAAACAAAAUUGCCCGCAAGAAGUACCGCCUAAGAAGGAGUACUCCUUCUUCGACGACGACGAUUCGCCGCCUCCUAAGCUCUAUUUGCUAUCCUCUUCUUACUCGCAGUCUACUGACGCUAAUAAGUCCAACGAGCAAGUCCUUGGAAACAUGUACCCUUCCUCUAGCAGUUUUGUCCACGGCGCUAUGCAAGCCUGGGCGCGUCAUCAAAACCUGGUCCUUCGUCCUGAUAUAGUCUGGUUCGAAAUCCUAGCUCAACUAAACUUUUACAUGAAUCGCCAUGCCAACGACCCAGAAAUUCGCAAGCUAUUUGUUAACUUUGACGGCAAGAAGCAAAUUACUAUAGAUGCAGACGGCGUUGAAACAGAUGAUAUGCCUACUACAUUUGUAGCCGGAAUGCAACAAUUAAUCAACCCGAAUGUGAUAUGGCUACAAGACUGGAUUACACCGGGAUUUACAACUAGUACGCGAAACGACAAUAUAACAGCUGCUAUAUUAACAAUGGGAAUUAUGCAGCACUACUUUGAGUAUCUGGAUGGAAUUACAUGCGGGAUACCGUCUGUUACCCUACUUGGAACUCGAAGCGACUGGAAUAAACUCUAUAAAAAAUUGGAUCAUUUGGCAGACUUUGGAACUGAGCCAGCGCAAUUUGCCUCUAAUUUAAAGCCUAUUAUUAAAAAGUUUAUACAGACCUGGGACGAGUCAGAUAGCCCAGAGGUAAAGGCAUUCUGGAAUCAAAUUGUCACAAAAACCCAGGACGGAGGAGGCUGCGAUGGUAGCGGUGCAAUUGUUUCUGGCUGGAUUACAGGGUUUAUCCAUUGGACAUCGGAAGGCGCGCUUUACAGCCCCGACUCCUUAGGCUUGCCAGACGUGGAUCCUAACAAAGUUGUGCGACUUGAUGGUAUAGAAUACAAUCAAGUACCGUUGAGCUUGAUCCCAGUUUCAUACGCCACAGCACCUAUCCAAUCUGACUUCCGUUUUCCGUUUGGACAGGAUUCUACACAAUUAUUUGCGCUGGCAGGAAAUAUCGGAAUUAAGAGGACUAUAUCAAGCCCCAUAGUAGAGGGUGGUAAUCCGCAAGUAUUGGCAGAACCACUGAGUUCAUGGUUCAUCUAUAGAAGAACUGAACUUGGCUCGAGGGACGAGGCUUUGCCCAAUCCUGGUCUUGAUGGCUUUGACGAUCUUACAGGGGUUGGGCAGUGCUCUUAUAAUCAAACAAUUUAA